AUGUCAAGUAAUGGAUCCACGCUUCAAAAAGCAAUUGAGUUGGUAACAAAGGCGACCGAGGAAGAUAAAAGAAAAAAUUAUCCGGAAGCGUUACGAUUAUAUAAACAUGGGAUCGACUAUUUUCUUCAUGCAAUUAAGUAUGAAGCUCAGAGUGAAAAACAAAAAGACACAAUUCGGCAACGUUGUGCGUCCUACUUAGAUCGAGCCGAGAAAGUAAAGGAAUAUCUAAAGUCUGGUGGUGAUCGAAAGAAGGCGGUAAAAGACGAUGUUUCUGGUGCGAAAGGUUCAGAUUCAGAUUCUGAGAAGGAUACGGAAAACAAAAAGUUGCAAGAGAGAUUGUCAGGUGCUAUUGUUAUGGAGAAACCGAAUGUAAGUUGGGAUGAUAUUGCUGGUCUUGAGGGAGCUAAAGAGGCUCUGAAGGAAGCAGUCAUAUUACCAAUCAAAUUUCCUCAACUAUUUACAGGUAAUAGAAAACCAUGGCGCGGGAUUUUGCUUUUUGGUCCUCCUGGAACUGGCAAAUCAUAUAUUGCAAAAGCGGUUGCAACAGAAGCUAACAAUUCGACAUUUUUCUCGGUGUCAUCUUCGGAUCUGAUGUCAAAAUGGUUGGGCGAGUCGGAAAGACUGGUGAAGCAGUUGUUCGAGAUGGCUCGAGAACACAAACCAUCAAUAAUAUUUAUCGACGAGAUUGAUUCCUUAUGCUCUUCACGUUCCGACACGGAAAGUGAAUCGGCUCGACGUAUAAAAACCGAAUUUUUAGUUCAGAUGCAAGGUGUUGGCAAUGACAUGGAAGGUAUUCUAGUACUUGGUGCUACUAAUAUCCCUUGGGUUCUAGAUGCUGCUAUUCGACGACGAUUUGAGAAGCGAAUUUAUAUCCCACUACCAGAAGCAAAUGCUAGGAAAGAUAUGUUUAAAUUACAUGUCGGAAAGAAUACACCACAUUCGUUAACGGAACAGGAUUUCAAGAUUCUUGCAGAAAAAACGGAAGGAUUUUCUGGAUACGAUAUUUCGAUUGUUGUGCGGGAAGCUUUGAUGCAACCAAUACGUAAAGUGCAGACAGCAACUCAUUUCAAACAUGUUUCUGGACCUUCACCCUCGAACUGUAAUAUUAUUGUACAUGAUUUGCUAACUCCCUGCUCUCCUGGUGAUCCAAGUGCCAUGGCAAUGUCCUUCAUCGAUGUGCCCGCCGACAAAUUAGCUGAACCAAUUCUUUCAAUGAGCGACAUGCUACGAUCGUUAAUGAACACGAAACCAACAAUAAAUAAGGCUGAUUUGGAUAAACUAAUGCAAUUUACGAAAGAUUUUGGUCAAGAAGGAUAA